AUAAAAUAGUUGGAGGACAAAGGUGUGGACAUGGCGCGGCAGGCCGGAAGAAGCCACUGGAUCGGGCCUCCCUGCCCCCGUUGAGCCGAUCUCCACGAGCAGGAAGGAGCAGCUCGCCGUCGUGACCCGCGCCGCCCUCACGAGCAAGCCUUCGCCGUCCCCGUCCGUGGCCAUCACGGGGACGUACGGUCGUGAUUUGUUUGCCAAACAGACCCGAGAGAGAGAGAGAGAGAGACAGAGCGCCACUCGCCGCCGAGGAGUCUCCGACUCAGAGAGGGGAAGGGGAAGACGAGGAAGAGCCAUCGGCGAUGGCCGCCUCCCCUCCUCCUCUUCUUCUCCGCCUCCUAUCCCUAGCCCUGGCCCUCAGCGUCGUCAGCGGCGGCGAGAUCUCGGCCACCCGCACCCCGAUCUCGCGCGACCUCUACCACUCCAGUGAUUCCCUUCUACGUGAUAUCAAGGCUUUGGUUGCCCGGCAUUCAGAUAAAUUGAGCAUUGACACUAUAAGAGCAAGCAACAAAGGGUAUUCUGCAGAGCUGUUUGUAGUUACUUUUAAUCACGUGAAGGAGAGUGUAGAUAAUGGGUCAAAGGUUCAUGUUCUUCUGAGCUUUGGGCAGCAUGGCAGAGAACUUAUCACCUCUGAGGUUGCGUUACAUCUUCUCUAUAUUUUAACGGAGAGGCGUAAGAUAGCCGGUGUGGAUCUGUCAUCCUUUGAGAAAAUGCUGGAGAAUCUUGUGAUCAAGAUGGUGCCGAUGGAAAAUUUCAAUGGUCGCAAACGUGUUGAAGCAGGGGAGCUUUGUGAUAGGAGAAAUGGAAGAGGAGUAGAUCUGAAUAGAAAUUGGAGUGUUGAUUGGGGGAAGAAAGAAAAGGAUUAUGACCCAUAUGAGGAGAAUCCUGGUAUUUCUCCUUUUAGUGAACCUGAGGCCCAGAUAAUGAGGGAACUAUCCAGGUCAUUUAAACCUCAUAUUUGGGUGAAUGUACAUUCUGGAAUGGAGGCCUUAUUUAUGCCGUAUGACCACAAGAAUACCACACCAAAUGGAGUGUCUGCUCAUUUGAUGAGGUCAGUUUUAGAGAAUUUGAACCAUCGCCAUUUCCAAGAUAGCUGCCUAGUUGGGUCAGGUGGUGGAGCUGUUGGGUAUCUUGCACAUGGUACCACGACCGAUUACAUGUAUGACACUGUAAAGGUGCCAAUGCCGUUCACCUUUGAGAUAUAUGGAGAUGAGACAGCAUCUAACAAUGAUUGCUUCAAAAUGUUCAAUCCUGUUGACAAGACAACAUUUGAUAGAGUCAUUAACAAGUGGUGUAUGGCAUUUCUCAUACUUUUUGAGGAAGGGUUGCGAAAUUUGCGUGAUGCCCAAGUAGUAUCAGGAGGCGGACUGGAUAAUUGGGUCCCUAUCGGAGGAGACAUUGUUGAGCAGAGUGUAGCACGCAAGAGUGGCCGUGAAAGGAGGAAACUGGAAGGUCUUGACCUUGGAAUGCAGGAGCUAAGAACGUACUUUAGGCUGUUUAUGCUAUCUACAUUCUUGUUGAUGUUCAUGUUCUGCACAAGGAUAUCAAAGAACAGGCAGAGAGACUCAGGUAACAUUUUCGAUACUUGAAUACUGACAAAGCGUUGAUUGGAGCUGCUCGCAGUUCAGCUGAGAGUUCAGUUGCAAGAGUGAUCACAAUUUGUUGCCUCAGUUGAACAAAGCGCAUGAAACACAAACUUAUGCGCUCUGCCACUUGCAGAUUGAUAGAUUUGGACAUGAUGAGGUUGGUAGGAUCAGAAAUUCAGAAUGGUAUUUGGCGGUUUCUGUUUAGAUAUUAGUAGGAUGUCAAAUGAUUGGCCUUGUCAUUGACAAAAUGUAACUUAAGUUGUAAAAUUGCCCAUAUCAGUUAUUGUGGUGCAUAGGUUCUAAGGUUGAAUUUCAGUUAUUGUGGUGCAUAGGUUCUAAGGUUGAAUUUUUGACAUGACUUAAUGUAAUACCCCAUUAUUCGAGCGAUUUAUGAUGAGUUGGAUGUGGAAUCA